AGAUGACCAACAGGAUGGAAACACUUACAACACCAAACUACGAAUACCCAACUAUUUGCGAUUUCACUGACAUAAAUGAUUUCUCCAAAAAGUAUCUUCCUCCCCUGUACUACAUCAUCUUCAUCAUCAGCCUGGUCGGCAAUGGAAUAGUUUUGUGUAUCAUGUACAAGUUUGAAAAGCUCAACACGGUCACAAAUAUCUUUCUCAUCAACCUGAUAGCUUCCAACAUAAUUUUUACCUUCACUCUCCCAUUCCAAGCUGUUUAUCAUUCCGAUGAAUGGAUCUUCGGUGAGCUACUCUGCAAGUUGGUGAAUGGUUGCUUCUAUCUCGGUUUCUACAGCUCCAUCCUCUUCCUCACUCUCAUGACAUUUGAUCGCUACCUGGCUGUGGUCCACUGUGUAGUAGCCAGCAGACAACGCAGGAGCUGCUAUGCUGUUUUGUUGUCUGUAAUCGUCUGGUGCAUUAGUCUUGUUGCGAGCCUCGAACUCUUUGUCCACUACACCGUGGUUGAAAAUCAGUUGUACGGAUUGGAUUGUGAAGACCAGAGGAAACGUCAUUGGAAAGUGUUUGCACUUUACAAACAAUUUGUGCUUUUUUUUCUCUUCCCAUUGGCUGUGUUUGUAUAUUGCUACUCUAGGAUAAUAAUAACAGUCAUCUCCACACGAAUAGUAGGUAAACACAGAACGGUGAGGCUUAUUUUUAUAAUUGUCUUGAUGUUUUUUGCAUUCUGGAGCCCGUAUAAUAUCCUAAUGAUGAUAAAUAGUAACAAAGAUGCUGAAGACUGUGAUGACAGUAUUGAAUAUCCAUUGCGCAUUAGUAACAACAUUGCCCGCUUAUACUUUUGUAUUAACCCUUUUUUCUACACCUUUCUGGGGAAGAAGUUUCAGAACCAUGUGAGACGACUGUUAGCGGAUAAAAUAUUGUGUUUAACGCAAUAUGAAUCAUCCAGUGCGAGCAGCAGAACACUACAUUAAAGAAGAUCGGUCAGUCAGACCUUAAGAUUCUGGUCAAAAUUGAGGUUUUCAUAGAAAUAAGUACAGUACAUUGAGCCUUUGGUUUACCAUCCUAAAUGCUUCAUCUAGGCUGACCAUACGUGCCAUUCUUCCUGGCGCAUCCUGGCCAGGAUUUCGAGAGCGUCUUCCGGAAGUCGUAUUUGUCAACCGCAUAAGUAAUCGAGGUUUAUUAUUUCAGGUUAAGUAACUGUUACAUUUAAAUGUAAAAUAAAAACUAUGAUUGAAUGUCUUAUGUAUUUAACUGAAAUGUAAGUAUGCGGUUGACAAAUACGACACCUGGCCAGGACGCGUCCGGGAAGAAUGGCACGUAUGGUCAGCCUACUUCAUCUCACACAAAGAUGCGUGCACAUGCAUGUGACAUUUUGGUUUUAAAACAUGCAGGUAUUAGUAAAUAGAGUGCCGGAGUUGAGGUUAAAAUGGCUAUAAAGAGAGAAAAAGUUUGAGACCUGAUUGAUGUUAAAAGAGCUAUUAAGGGCGAUAAGAUAUCAAAACGAUCUUCCCCAUGCUGAGUGAUGGAUCAGAAACAUGCACAAGCUCGCAACUCCGAUAUAUAUACAAAUACACAGUAUUACAGUUUUAAAAAUAUCAGUUUUGACAAGAAUUCACCCAUAUAUAAUCUGUUAAUGUCUUUAGCCCUAUUCAGACGGGAUUAGUUUAACAGGGCUAGAUGUAAUUUUACCACAGGACAUGUCACAUGUCAAACGCGGCAAUUUACGUGUAUAUUCACAGCUGGUGUAUUCGCACUGGAUUAGUAUUACCUGAGGCAAUUUCUCCGGACCUUUUUACAGAAGGUAAAAGUCGCCAUUGUCCGUAAUGAUUACUGACAUGAAGCAUUCGGACAGGACUAAAAUCACUUAGAAGCUCUGAUAAAAAUUGUUUUACCCCAUGUAAAACUUAUUAGUUUUACUAAUAAGUUUACAGGGGGACCUCUGAGAAAAUCGUGCUUCUCAGAGGUCCUCUGUGCCUUUAAUCCGAAUCGGCCAUGUCUGUGUUUUUCUCUGACGACCUCCGUAAGAAUUCCAGAGCAAUUUACCUACUGUUUUUCGCCGAACUCAGAGGUUCUCUGAGAAAUUUAAUCCCACCCGGAUGCAAAUGUCUUUGUUUGCCCCGCAAUAUCUUUUGCAAACGCGGUUCUUGUCCUGUUUUGGCCAACGUCAUCUGCCGUAAGGUCUUACUAAUGUGCUUAUAUUGUACUUCCUGAGUCCCAUUCAUUCAGAUAUGGAUGUUUUUUACAAUUCGGCAAAAUAAAAUAAUUAAAUCAAGACGAGCUAAAUAUUAAAAAAAAUAUAUAUAAAUUUUGUUUAACUCCGGAAUGGUAAUGUUAAUUAAUAAAGGUAAUAAAUUGUUAUUAAUCAUUAUUUCUUCAUUUCUUUGGGUUUCUUAUAAGCAGCCAGUUAUUUAAAAUAUGUAGGCUACUUUAGUAGGAUUUGUAAAAGUUCUUUUGAUUUGUUAAAGUUAAAUUAAUAAAUGACAUGUUCUGUAAUAAUUUUACAUUUGCAAAAUAUCAAACAUUACAAACACGUGUAUCCAGAGCAUGUGAUCUUCUACAACGGCCAAAUGCAUGAAACAGACACUCCCAUCUCUGGAAUAGACUGAAAAUUUUAACAUUAUAUUAGAUCCUUGCAUUACAGUUGAUCUUAAAGCUGUCUGUCUCAAUGUCAAUCAAACAAUUUUUACUUUGUGUGUGCUAAAUCUUUUUGUUUUACCAGUGAUUUUAAGGUAUGGAUGUAAUGAUCAAUGAGCUAUUUUAAUAGAGAUUGACAAAAAAUUAGAAAAUGUGCUUAUUACAACUCAUUUUGC